AUGGCUGACAGAAAUUUGAGUGUGAUAAGUGAUUUUAUCCUCCUAGGACUGACUGACGACCCUGUGCUGAAUACUAUACUCUUUGUGCUGUUUCUCUUAAUCUAUGUCAUUACUGUUGUAGGCAAUUUGUGGAUUAUCAUAAUAAUUUUAGCUACUGCCCAGCUUCAUUCCCCCAAGUACUUUUUUCUUAGCCACUUGGCUUUCUUGGAUUUCUGCUAUUCAUCAGUCUUUCUUCCCAAAAUGUUGAUAAACUACUUGAUAGAUCAAAAAACCAUCUCCUACUAUGGCUGCCUCCUACAGUAUUCCUUCGUCAACAUGUUUCUGACUGCAGAAUGCUUCCUCUUGGCUGCAAUGGCCUACGAUCGGUAUCUUGCCAUCUGCAGUCCACUUCACUACAGGGUUCUCAUGACCCCCACGAUUUGCAUCUAUCUGGUGUCUGCCUCUUACUUGCUAGGCUGUGCCAACUCACUCACCCACCUGAGAAGCCUUCUCAGUCUGACAUUCUGUGGGCCCAAUGCCGUUGACCACUAUUUCUGUGAUAUUCCAUUGCUCUUCCAGCUCUCCUGCUCAGACCACCACAGUGAGGCUUUAUUCAUUGUUCUUUCUGGGGCUACCUCCAUAACGACGUUUUUGAUAGUAGUUGGCUCCUAUCUAGGGAUUCUUAUCACUGUCCUGAAAAUACAUUCUGCCAGGGGAAGUUAUAAGGCCUUAUCGACAUGUGCCUCCCACUUAACUGUAGUAACACUCUUUUAUGGAACUGUGAUAUCUACUUACAUGGGAACCAGCUCAAGCUUUCCGCAGGACACAGAAAAAAUCCUAUCUGUGUUUUACACACUUUUGCUGCCAGUACUGAAUCUUUUGAUAUAUAGCGUGAGAAACAAAGAGGCCAAAGAAGCCAUGAGAAGAAUGAUUAAGAGAAAAGUGUUUUCUCAGUGA